CAUAGCAGCAGUUUAACGGCUUUCCUGUCAAUUUUCGGUUCACCCACACAUAUGCUCAUAGAUGCUCUCGUAGGACAUAUUUUCUCACAACGCAAGCUAAAGUGCAAGUGCCCACACUGUAUGUUAAAUACACACCAUCAUGGUAGGGUACUGUCCAAUCUGUGGGAAGCCGGUCUACUUUGGUGAGAAGAAGAGGUCCUUAGGAAGGGACUACCACCCGCUGUGUCUCAAGUGUCAAAAGUGCAACAGACAGCUCACAGCUGGACAACAUGCUGAGUAUGAUGAGAAGCCAUAUUGUUCACACUGCUACCUAAAGAUGUUUGGUCCAAGAGGUAACAGGUGACUGGUGUCGCCAUGGCACAGUGCAGCUCCUUCAUAGACACCAGACUGAACCAACAUGGACAAAUGCUGACAUAGGCCUACAAAAGACAUGCAGGGCCUGUUUAUUGGCCCAAAAUUAUGACUAAAUAGAUAGAUAAAUAUGAAUGUCAAUCCACUGUAGUUGUCUGUAAUAAAUACAGUAUUUAUAAAUGUGUGAUUACCACUUGAUGCCAUGUGUAGGUGAUUGUACACUUUUAUAAUGUUAAUUAAUUUUGAUUGUAAAUUUUAGGUCUGUAUUAAUAAAUGCAUUU